AUGCUUAGAGUGGCUGACGUCCUUUUUUACUUGGUCUUCGCGUCCUACUCCACAUUUACCAUGCUUGUUCAGUCAGAGUUCGUCUUUCGGGUUCAGGAGGGUAUACCGAACGGGACAGUGAUUGCCUCGGGAUCCGAGCUCAGCGUCUUCUACUACGAACCCAACGUUAACUUGCCAAUAAUUGUCAACCGUGAUGCACCUGGAGCCUCAAGUUUCACAUUUGUCAGACGAACUCGCAGUCCUGGAGCUGCUGCCGAACUGGAGCUAGUGGUUUGCGGUCCGGUAGAUCGUGAAACCAUCUGUCCAACGAAUAAGGGUGGGGCCUCAGAAGACUCCAGCUUCCAUCGUUCGAGCGCUUUUCACAUAGAGGAGAGUGCGCAACACCGUUCACAAAUCAACCCUCUCUUCAAAGCGCAUCCUCGAAUGGGCCCCGCGUUCGGCGGUUUCCUCAACAAUAGCGUUGAAAUAUCGGACUGUGUGGUUACUCUGCGGGUUGCCAAUGGCGACAAGAUUUUUCAUCUAAAAUUGAACAUUUUGGAUGUGAAUGACAGAGCACCGUCAUGGGAAACCUCGGAAUUCCAUAUAUACUUGCGAGAUGGCGAUCCAGCUGGAACCCUUCUCUUUCUGCCCCUCGCCGAGGACCCCGACUCGGGUCCUAAUGGGGAGAUCACCUACAGCCUACAGACGGAAGAUGACUCGCCCUCACUCCCAACUCAGGGUUUUGCUCACCCUACAGAAGAUUUCCGAAAACGGUCGGCAACUGGUCUGUUUGAACUGGUCAAGGAGCCCGAGAUCGCAAUACACUCCGCACAGGGACUUAUGCUGCCUAGGGUCUCAAAUAAGUUGGCCUUACGCCUGAGGACGCCGAUUGAUCGCGAGCAAUCACCCGAAAUCAUUUGCCUGACUUUAGUCGCGCGGGAUGCCGGGAGUCCGAAACCAUUGGAGGGACGUCUAAAAAUAAUAAUAAACGUCACUGACGUCAAUGACAACCCGCCAGUCUUUGAACGACCUCUUUACAAAGUCAACAUGAUCUCAGAGGACACACCCGUCGGCACAACGUUAAUCCAAUUACAUGCUCAGGACAGGGAUACAGGUCCGAAUGCAGAACUUUCCUACCGUCUGGAGGAUAAUGGCCAGCCAGUCAUGGAGUUGAUUGACCACUUCUUCCAAAUCACACAACAUGGAGAAUUGAAAGUACGUAGACGUCUGAACGUGGAUAAGGUAGCUGGCAUGAAAUAUCUUCCGACUUCCACCAUGACCUUCGGUGUGGAAGCUGUGGAUGGGGCUGAUCCGGCCUAUGCACUUACUGGUCGCACAGUUGUUCAGCUCCAAGUCUCUGACACAAAUGACGAAGCCCCCAGGAUUCAAGUAUAUCCUCUUUAUCCGCCAAAAGACGCUCCUAAGCCCAAACCUGGAUCCUCUGUUGACACCACCGCUCAGGAGAACGGCAUGAUGGAACAGCUGUUAGCCCUUGUUGAGGUGACAGAUCCCGAUCUCGAGGGAUUGGACAGCGUCGAUUGUCAACUUAAGGGUCCGAUGGCUGAAUACUUCCAGCUUACUUCCCAGGGAAGCAAUAAAAAUGAGUACUCUCUCCUGACUAAUGCUCAGCUCGAUCGGGAGGCGACGCCUCGCCUUGAAGUCAGCCUCAUUUGUCGUGACUCCGCCGAUCACACGACUCGUCAAGAUAUUGGCGUGAACCUCCUGGACACCAAUGAUAAUGCCCCCGUCUUCGAUAGCCCCACAUACGAACUCUUUGUGAUGGAAGAUGAUGGAGAGGGUGUCAUCAGUGCAGAAGGCUCUACGACCACACGUCGGUUGCGGAGCCUGAGUGGCGAGUUCUCGGUACAUGCUACGGACAGCGACGCCGGGAUCAAUGCACAGAUCAGCUACCGAUUGGAACCGGAUCCAAGUGACCCGGCCUCGGUCAACUACUUUUCCAUCAACCAGACGACCGGGACCCUCUACGCAACUGCUCGUUUGGACAGAGAGAUCAAAAGCUGGCACAAAUUUAUCGUUGUGGCCGUUGACCACGGCACACCAGCCCUUUCCUCCUCAGCAGAGGUCCUUGUCCGAGUGGACGAUGUCAACGACAACGCCCCCCAGUUCAUUCUGCAGACAAACACAGAUUCGGGCUAUGCGUUCAGCAUUCAGGAGAAUGAGUCGCCAGGAAAGUUUGUAGGCACCGUCACGGCGGUCGAUGUGGACGAUAUGCCAAAUCCAGGAGAAAUGCAAUCUGUCCUCGUAUUUCAGAAAGGAGCAAAUCCUGACGAGGUGAAGAUAUCGCCAAGACUGGGUGCGACAGAGAAGAACCCAUCGAAGCUGAUUUAUUCCCUUGGUAGUGAAAAGGAUGCAAUCUUCUUCAGGAUCGAUAAACACACCGGCGAAAUUACGACCAGGUAAGUGCUUGGACCUGUAUGUGUUAGGAAUUAAUUUCAGCAUGAAGCAGCAGUCAGGUGAUUGUGUUUCUGACCGACCGCGUUCUCUUUCUUUAUGCCUCCCGGUUUCUGCUUAAUACGUGUGCGAUAGGAUAUUUACUUUCAGAAGGUCGCAGAGCAACAUAAACGGACCUUAGAGUAAGGGGCACUGUAAACAUCAUGCAAGUAAACGCAUACGCAUGUGCGUGGGAUACCAAAAAAGACAAGAGAGAUGGUAAUGAUCACUUCUGUCUUUUUUACCCUUUCAAAUGUUCUGUGCUCACGAUAAAGCUUAUUAUCAUGAAUAAAUCCAGAUGAGCGUUUCGGUUGAAGUUGAAGGCCAUCUUCGCCGUGAGUUUCAUUGAGGUGUGCUGUAAGCUAGCUUAUAUUUUACGACUGACUGAGAACUUGGUAGAUUGAAUAAACAAAAUAUUAGAUAGAGAAAACGCCUGGUGCCCCUCUCGCUGACGCUUCAAAGGGUAAGCACUUCCCCGUUUUCGUCUCUCUUCCGCCUAGCCGUACAUACCGCAAAGUUAGCUUUGGAUGCAGCGGCCCGUCAGCAACGGCAACACUUUUUAAAUACUGUGAUGCGCGAUACCACCCCAACCUCUAACAGUGGCAGUGUUCCGUUCUGGGGACGCCAGGGCAUUAGCUUCGUGGUUCCCUUGAACGCCUUUCCUUCUCAACCGUGGACGUAUAUCUUCACUUCAACUAAUAAUACGUGCACAUAUGUAGUGUUAUUAUCGACAAAGACUAGGGAGACUGGAAUGGCCAUUUCUGGCUUAUUGGCCGUCAUCAGCCAGUCAUACCCAACCCUGAAGUGUGGAACACCCGAGGCUCGAACCUGCGACCUGUUAGUUAGAAGUCCCCGCUACUAACCGCUGGGUCACGAGCCCGUUGCCCUGUCGGUUUAGAUCGGGAAUAUACAGUGGUAGAGGGGCAUUCACCGAUCGUUUUUACGGAACUCAUUCGUUCCAUUGUGCCUUACGGGCUCUCUCUCGAGCCCAACCAGCAGCCGCACAGCGGCGCAUGAUAUAGGCGGCUCAUAUAUCGGUGAGCACCCCCUACCAUUAUAUAUUCCCGAUCAAAACCGGCAGGGCAACAGGCUCGUGGCCCAGUGGUUAGAGGCGUGGACUUCGAACUAACAGGUCUCGAGUUCGAGCCUCGGGUGUUCCACAUUUCGGGGUUGGGGAUGACUGGCUGAUGACGGCUAAUAAGCCGAAAGUGGCCAUUCCAGUCUCCCUUUUCUUUGUCGGUAAUGCCAUUCUGCCUAUAUAUCAUGCGCCGCUGUGCGGCUGCUGGUUGGGCUCGAGAGAGAGCCCGUAAGGCACAACGGAACGAGUGAGUUCGGUAAGAACGAUCGGUGAGCGCCCCCUACCGGGGCACAUAUUUGUAUGCAUGUACAAAUAAUUGAGGUCCAAAUGCCCCAUCGCGUUUAUCGUCCCUGAAGAAGACAAAGCAGAAGAGGAUGCCAGUUCAUGGACCAAAUUGCAUGUGUACUGACGUUUCGGUAACUCCCUCAUUGUCAUCGUCCGAUUAGUGCGGUUGCUCUUUCCGCUCGUGUUGAGUUAUUUGGUGUCACCGCUCGCCUCGCCUUAUAGCCGUGCUCGAAGCACGAACUUUGACCCGCCUGUUCACAUCUGACUAGCUUUAACUUUUCCGAGGUUGACUGCUGCUCUUGGCUGGGGGCACGAAGUGUAUAUAUAUGUUGCAGGUUUUUUAUUUCCUUAGAGAUUAAUCGCUAACCUGGUGUAAAUUAGCCAGUGAUAUACCUGAUCAGUAACUGAGACCGAAAACACAAACAUGGCUUUCAUUCCUUAGUGAAUAUAUACCCGAUCUGUAGUGACAGAGAAUGGCAGAUGGCGAGACACCGAUGAACUUCGGUUCGAUGAAGUGCUUAUGAGUCAUCUGGUAGACCACAGUGGUAAGGCAUCUGCGUCAUGAGUGUGUGCGUCUGCUGUGUUUUCGGUACCCGCUAGUGGUCAGGGUUAUGAUUAAAUCGAUAAAGGCUAAUAGGCCCAAAAUAAUUCAGCAUCAGUCAAUCCCAAAAAUCUGAAUGGCCAGAAGCUAAUAUGCCAUUCCGAAGCCCUAGGUAUCUUGACGUUAAGUGUUUCCAGAAGGUGGCUUCACUACAUCAAUAAAUACGCACGUGUGUAAGGUCUGGCCCAAUGGCGAAGGUCAGCCAGAAACGAGUAGAUAGGGACAGGGUGUCCGAUCAGUCACCGAGCUCGACUCUUUGUCCAGCCGUUCUGACAUGACGUGCAUAGAUGAAAGAGUAAUGACGAUUCUGUGAAAGUUUCAUUUGUUGUCAUUGAAUUCGAGCUGGAGCCACCCCAGUAUGGCAGUGACAAACUAUCAUCUCGGUGUGUGUAUUUAGUUGUUUGAUCUAUGAACUUUUCAGGUAGAUGCUUGUCAAUUGAAGUGCUGUCGAUCGGCCAUAGAGCCGCGUAUAUCGGUAGCCACACGUGCCCCUAACCUGACUUUUUUGGCUAACCAAAACAGUGGCUGCGUUCUUCAUCCGCUCUCAGUUAUUAACGACAAGUGGGAACCCUGACAAGGUUAAAAUGACUGACGACAAUAGGAAUAUAACGACGGAUGUUUGUACGCUGAUUAAGAGCAUUAUGCGAGUGCCUGAGUAGAAUCUUAGUUCAUACAGCCACCGGAUUGAGCGCAGCCCUGUAGUACAUCUGAGUACGAUGAGGGAAAUAGGUGGGGUUGGUACCCUUCCGUAUGCGCCUACUAAAAAGAAAAGUGAGUAGUGUCACCGUAGUUUCUCCCCUGCCCAUGAUGUAUGACAGGAGGAAUUGGGAGCUCGACUGGUGAGGAUACGUCGCUAGCUCUCGUUCCUGCUCAAGUCUCUUCUUACAGGCCUGAGAAAGCCGCCGCUCGAUUGUUCGUGCCAACGUUUUUUUUUAGCAGAGUGGACUGUCGCGUGAGAACUGCUUAGACCUUUCCCAUACAGAGAGGCACCUUUGCAAGUGCUCAGUCAAGUCGCUUUGAGAAGCGAGGGGUGGGGGCGGCCGCGAUAAUAAGAAAGCAGCCGGACAUAGGGUCGGCAUCGUGCCGACAAUUCCGCUUGACUUCCUAUGAACUCCUGCGACCACAGCUGGAGAGCUGAAGGCGUGCGCUCUAACGGGUGCAGGGACCCGAAGGAGUAAGUCUGCCUCCACCCACCCGAAGUCCGCCUCCCGAUUAGCAAGAAGGGCCUUGGUAUCCGUCUGCUUCCUCUAUCUAAAAGUACAGUGCUAUGUCAGGAACCAGUGAUGAGUGUGAGUAGCAAGAGAAUAAAUGGGCCGAAGUAGAUGGGCUUGCAGUGAAAUUUUGAUGACUCAAGGGGUGCGGCAUCACAACUGCAUGUCUACCCCUUUGCUUUUUUUUAUCGGACCGGAUUUAGCUUCCUUUUAAGGAGCUGCCGAGACAACCAAAUCAUCACUUACACCCUCCUCUUCUCUCUCGCCCACCUAACCCAUAUUUCUCACCUUGACGGAAUUGGAGAUAAAGUGUACAGUGGGAAAUGGCUACUCAGAGUUAACAUGAAAGGCAGUCACUAUGAGGCGAUAAUUCAGAAAGUAGAUAGAGGUCUUGAAUGAGUCAGAUAGAAUAAGAUAACCCAUUUGCCGAGUAACUGGAAAGGAUGUGUUUUAGGAUGCAGUUAAGAGGAGAGACAGGUGAUCGUUAAAACAGGAAUUUUACGCACAUCCAGCAACGGAAAAAAGUAGCUGACGUACAGGCGUUGUAGUUUUAGAGUGCAGUUACAGAACAACUAUGCAUCUAUUAAAAAUAACGGCCUCACUCAUCAUAGGCAUUCGUAUUUGAAUCGACACCCACAUUUGAGACGUUAGUUAUCGCGGCUUCAUAAUCGGUGUUGGUGAUUAGUGUACUGUCUGACUCACCUGUACUAUGAUCGGAAGCAAGAUACAUCCUCGGGGUGAAGUGUCGUUGGCGCAGAUAAAUGGGGGACAAUGAUUCGGCCUCCAGACCAGGCGUGUGCAAUUACAAAAAAGAGUCCCAUGGGAAUUGUAAAUCCCUACCUCAGCCCCCCUCGUAACCUCAUUUAGAGAACCUUCGAGACAAACGUAUGUUCUCCUUGGGGCAGGGGAAGGUUUACAGUAUUUGUGCACGUGAAAGAGUGUCGGGGAGAUUGAGUAAUUCGAAGUAAACGGGGUUGUAAGUUUUGCGAGGCUCCUUGAUAGAGAUUUAAGUGAAAUCAACCUUAAAACUUAUCUUGGAGUUAAACUACUAAAAAGUACGUCCGCCUCCAACUGACUUGUAGUUAAGAUAAUAUUUUUGGCUAGUCAGAUUCAUUCUUAAGUCUUUAGCACCUUACAUUUGUCAUUACAGCGAAACGUUUAUGCUGCGCGCAGAGCCAAAUAACCUUCAGUUCACUGGUGUGCCCUCCACUAAGUCUACUAACCGAUGAUGUAUCCAGCCGCACGCCUCUGACGUAGCAUGCAGUCCACCAAACAGUUAUUUCCCCUUUUCCACGUAUUCUCGACCAAAUAUAUCAACUCGUUAUCUGUCCCGACGAGUUAACACUGUGACAAGAACGAUACCAAUGCCGUUCAGUUGCUAGGCUGAAGACGGUGGCAAUGGUAUGCUGAGAGGGAAGGUAGCAAUAACUCACGUGCAGGUGACAGGAGUGGGAGGGAGGGGGACGGAGUGGACAAAUGAGCGGUCAGCUGUAGUCACUGCCCCCCUGUUCGGCGCAAGCGUGUGGUGUGUUUGGCGCGGUCGGCAGACUGUCAUCGUGACGAUGGUUUCGACUGCGGUUGUGCCUUCCUGACUGACCCCCUAAUUAUGUGGCUGACCUGUUGACGGCCGGGAAACAACUGUUUUAACUCGCUCGCCCCCACCCUCGUCACUGACACACACGCACCGUGUGUGCACACUACAGCAUCGAUUGUGCGGCGUUGCACGAUGCGUCUGCAGGAAAAGAUUUCCUUUAGCUCUCUCUCUCUCUCUCUCAAGUAUAGGGAAAACAUGUCUUGCAAAGUUGGGUCCGGAGGAGAGGCUGUGCUUUCCCUUCCUACAAAACCAACAGGGAAGCAUAGGAGCACGACAGCGUACGUCAGAGGGUUAAAUAUAACUCGGAUAAUGACAUCAAAAAAGAACUAUACAUUAACAGAAAGUAAGCACUGCAGAAUCGGACUGACUCAUUCCGCUAUUAGGUGUUCAAGUCCUGGGCUGACUGCCUCUGAGAGUGGAAAAUAGGAGUGUCCGUAGAAUUGGGUGGCCCGUGAACGAACCGGUCAUAGUGGAGAACACCACCUAGGUCAACAAGUCAGCCUGUUCUCGAGAUACUUGUGUUCUGACUUUUUCAGUGUACCACAUUUUCGCGAAUGUGCUGUUUGGCUGCAGUCGCUCGCAAUUAUCUUUUCUCACUUAAAUUCGAAGGAGGCUUUGGUCUGUUACUUGUUUUGAGCAUUCUGCUCAUUACUAGAAAUGGAAAAAAGCAGGAACGCUUAAAUAAUACGAUGGUUGCUUUUCCUGUCAUAGGAAUUUACGGGCUUAAUUAGGCCGUUCCGACUAGCUUUCUACAAAGCGAUGGAAGAUGUCUACUGAGUGGUAGGAUUUGUGGCGCUUACCCUAUGUGCUUUUCGCAUAAUUCGAGCAAGCGACUAGAAGACAAGUUCUAUAUAUUUGUUUCUCUGUUAAUCCCUGUAUUUGGUACGUGGUAAAUUUACUAGAGAUAAAUUACAAAAUUGACAAUUUCUAUUGGUUCAGAAAACAUUGGAUAUUUUUAAAUAUUCAUCCAACGUCGUUUACCGGAUUUAAUUACUAUUUGACAUACACCGUUCGGUUAACUUACUAAGAUUCGUGUACAUGUUAUAUCUUCUAACCUAUUUUUUACAAGAAUAAACGCGAGUAAAAAUCGAUUCUCGACUAAGAGUGCUCGACUGGAAGUAGGCAGGCUUUUUAGCCAUCUUUAGGGUCUAAUUGUGGGUUUGAAGUUUUAAAUCAAAUCCACGUUUUAUCCGUUGCUAACAAGACAGAACCAUCCAAUCUUCUUUCAGACGGCGGUUGGAUCGUGAAGUCCAGAGUUCUUACAGCUUUCGCGUGCUUGUGAGCGAUGGCGUUCCCAACCCCACAGCAGCUCCUGAUGCUGCUGUACUGACUUCCGCCAGUGGGCCACGGUGGUCCUUUCCAAAAGAACGGGUUCACACGACAGUUACGACUGUCGUUGUCUCCGUUCUCGACGAAAAUGACAACAGUCCCACUUUUAUCCAGCCGAAUUCUACAAAUCACCUUAUCCUCCUCGACCCAACUACCAUUCCCGGCCGAUCUCUCCUGCAGGUAUUAGAAAAAUAAAAAACAUAGGUGAUAACUCAUUUAAACGAAUACUUGCGCAGAGUCCAUAUCACCUGUAAACGUUAAAAGACACAAGACAUUUGGUAUAGACCAUUAAUGCAGUAAUUCAAGUCUCCUUAAUUCGGAGUCUAUUCUUAUUGACGAGUAAGUGAAGGCAAUUUUUGGUUGCAUGGGAGAGGCGUCCACAUAUGUGAUAAAAUUGCAAAAUGGAUUACGCGCCUGGACUUUGAAAUCGGCUGGUAGCGUAUUAAAACAAAUGAUCAGAUGGGCCAAACUCAAAUCUAGGAUACUUCUGGCCUGACUCAUCCACGACUUCAAAUAAGCCAGAAAUAGCCAUUACAAGCUCCUUCAUCUCUACCGGUAAUAAUGCUCAGAACCGAAGAAUGAAGACAGACUUUUUGCACAUUCAAUCCUUAACGACAAUUUGCUUAUCGCCACACAGCCAUCUGGAUUGGCUCUAGACUCAUGUAGGAUGGAAAUACAUAUUUCCAUCUUACAACCACUCUCACGUUACUUUACAUGUUCACGAUCACGGUUGACAGAGGGCAGACCCGGUAGCUCAAGUGGAUAGAGCAAUGCUUUUAAACGCUCAUCUAUUUACUGGGCCCGGGUUUUUAUUUCGGAUGUGACAGCAUCCGGGAUUGGAGCGCGACCGACUGUUGGUGUCUAUAUGCCGCUAUGUCUGGGGUCCACCUCUAGCAAGAAUAGUUUUCAAGACCAUCGGGUGUAAUCAACCCGAUUGAUGUAUUGCCGUUUUACCUGGGGGUUUGGUUGAUAUGAUGCGCCUCUGUUGGUCGUUAAUAAUCCUUUGAGCUACUGUUUUUGCCAGAAUAAAGCUAAGCAGUCCAACAUGUGCAGUAGUUAACUAGCUAAUCCGUGCCUUAUCCACUGCGACACUUCUGGUUUGAUGGCUGUGACUGCUAAUCAUGUCUCAGAUUUAAUCUGCUUCACUCCAAUACUUCGGAGUGGACAAGAGAAAUAGAAUCCUUCAAGCGUCAUCUUUCAUUAAAGUUUCAAGAAAUUCUGAACUUCUUAAACCUUUUUUUAUCAGAGAAGGGACCAAAGAGUUCUGCCGUUCUUUAAUAGCACUCCACAUACCCAAUACCAUAGUUAGAAUCCUUCUUUGGGGCUGAUCAGGAAGAAUAGGGGAGGCCACACAGGCAGAAAGCAUGCCUUCAGAAUAGGCGUCAACUGCUCCCCUUCCUCAUUCUUGCGACAUUUCAACCGUGCGAAUUAUUAGUUACGCCCUCCAGGAGGAUAAAGUUAUUGUUAUUGUUUUUCGCUCCUAACAGACCGCUCGGGCUCUACCAGUUUUCUUCUUAUUCCUUGUUCAUGAAUACACCCAGAGUUGAGACAUUCAUUUUGAUUCAUGAAACUCACGUGUAUAUGGCUUCUCCUAAUAUAGGGGAAGAAAGAUGCUCUUUAAAUAACCAGCGGAGCAUACUAGUCUGGUGCCACGCAAUCCGGUUAGGUGUCUUGUUAACUGAAGUCGUAAACUAAAUAAUAUUGGAGUCGUUGAUGUACAGGCAUAAUUACAGUUAAUUAGUUACAGAAAAAUCCUAAUUUUAUUCUCAAAAUUGCUUGAGAAGUCUAACUGAACUAAGUCCUGCUAGUAGAAGAAUGGUGAAUUUACUACAGAAGUAAUCCCGACGAAGACUAGGUAGAGUGGGAUAACCAUUUCUGGAUCAUCUACUGCCGACGGCCUGCGAGGUUUUUAGUCAGCGCCACAGAGCUACAUAACAAGAACAUGCUGCAUCGUGCAGUCUGACCAGAGAAGCACCGCUUCCAUAUGCCAGAAGCCUGCUGUUUUAAACCAUUCGAAUACUGUCUCUACAAUAAUUACCUCAUCAACAAUAGCGUUCUGAAAAUACCAGGCUUUCUGGAAAUCUCCUGAACUCCGCUAAAAGAGCAAAAACAGAAUGACAGGUUCUCUCAAUGUUGUCUUCAAAACAUGCUGUAAAUAGUUGGUGGGUCUGGUUGCCCGGCAAAUUGGGCAGAUGGAACCUACGCACAAGUUCUUGGUAGUAGACAACGUGCAAUACCAAUGUUUUAGGCAUUCUAGCUGAAUGUUCAUGCGUUUGUAAGGAUAUUCCUUUUCUUCGAAUUGUUUAAUUGACUACUAUGCUAUAGUAUUCCAUCCAAACCCAAACUUUAGUUAUGAAACAUCUUUGCAAGCUUUUGGCUCUAGAGCUUGCAGCGAAUGACACCGACGCAGUGGCUGUUUACAACCAAUUUUGGACACAAACAACUGCCUCCAGAGUGUCUAUUGCUUUUGCCUCAGAGAAAAAUAUUCAUACCUUUUGCUGUUUAACACUCCAUGGUUUUAUUUUAGCGUUAGAGGUUACCAUAUUAAUAGCGCAGGUACUGCUAAUAUCGUAUUUUCUAACUCUAAAAUAUACUACUAGCUGCUUGUCGGCAGUUAACGAAUAUUACGCGGUUAUCCCUCCCUGGCUGAUGGACUUCGGUCCAAAUAUUCAUGCAUCAAAUUUCGGUCUGCUUGCAUAAACCUUAGUGUAAACUGAUCUACUCCAAGUUAGCAGUUAAUUUCUGAGGAAAGUGAAAAGCAACACCUUCAUGGUUUGUCGUCAAAACUCCCAACAGUAUCGACAAUGCCUUUGCGCGAGUUACUGGGCGGGCCUACCUCGUAUGAAUGCACAAAUACCUGCAUCAGAGUCAUAAUUCAGCAUUGUGGGAACUGCCAAUUGGUGCGGCGGUUCCCUCGAACAUUCUGGUUGGCCAAUUCGAAGAUUAGGUCGGCUUUAUCCGGUGCUGCAAACGCCGUCCUUCCUUUGCAGCACUUUCUCAAGUUGCAGCAAAUAACUCCCAGAGAUACCUUCACCUGCUCAAAAAUACUGACCCUCCCAGAGUUUAGGGAUAAACCGACUAAUUUGGUCACCUCAUUCACCCACGACGGCGCGAUUUGUAGGCUAUCAGAGCUUAAUACUAGCAGGACGAUACCGUCCGAAAAAAUCGAAGUCACUAAGGUGGUACUCAUAGUACUAAGCAAAGACUUUGUUUUGUUUACGAUAGGCAGUUUAGACUUUCCGUGAUGCUGUCUCAUUGCAUUGGAUAAUUGGCGUCUAUUAUCUGCUGUGGUUUUCAGAUCCUUGCAAUAGACCCUGAUGAGGGUGAGAACGGUAAGGUGACCUACUCCAUCUUCGACGGCAACACGGGCUCCAUAUUUAACGUGGACCCAUUCGCAGGCCUCCUCUACCUUCAGGGACAAAUUCCACGGGGCGCCAUUGAGCAAGCCAAUAUGGCAGCUUAUACGAUACCCGUGACCGGCGCCAAGAGCUCCCUCGGAGAGGCCGGAUGGAGCGGUGAGACGGAAAGGCAUCCCGUGGGUGAAGCUGGGGAGAGACGACAUCCGGAUCAGAUUGCAACUACUUCCAUCAUCCAUCCAACCUAUGUGCUCGGAAUCGAGGCUUGCGACCGGGGCCUUCCUCCGAGAUGUUCGCGGUUUCCCAACCUUCAGGUCCAGGUAGGACGGGGAAUCCUAUGGCUAUAUUUGUGACUUUCUCAUGACAUUGUGCAUGCUAUUUUAACAGUCGCAAGCGACGGCGCUCAUAUUCUGCCCCAGCAUGCGGAUCCGGCGAGGGUGACUCGUGUGCCAAUUCGUUUAUAAUGCAGCAGACUUACGUUACAUCUACCUCACAGCAAAAUAGGCGCAAGGGCGGUGACCUGUGCGUUCAGUAGUUUGUAGCAAUAGUGAACUUGUGCUACUCCUGUCGCACACUCUCCUCCCCCACUCUCCUGAACCCGGCGUCAGGACAGAGUUAGGAAGACCGGAAACCGGAUGGGACGCAGGUUGCUGGUGCGGCUGAGGCCUGCGCCCAGGUGUGCCAUCCCCUUUCAAGUGUUUGAAAUUUAUUAUGGGUGCGCAGCCCAGUAACGUGUACCGGACCCUGAUCUUCCUCCCACCUUGGGUCAACACAGUUCCCGCGUGACCCGUCAACUGCCUGACGACAGCCAAUAAACCAGAAAUGACCAUACCAGUCUCCCUUGUCCUUGUUGGUGCCAUUAUAUCUCAAGCGAAAAAUUUCAAAAAUUACUUAGCGGCGCACACGGAGUUGAGUAUCCGGACAUGACUUUUUAGGGCCAUACCCGAAAUUUCAAUAAACAUUCGAGUCGUAGACAAUCAACUACUAUGAAAUAACCGCACAAUGCCCAUUCUACAAACAAGUGGCACUACAAGUAGUAGGAAAUAUAAAUGGUAAAGGUAUUAUACAGCACUCUCGGCAUAGGCACUAGCUAAAACCCCAGGCACGCGUUUCGUCGAUAUUCUGACGCUGCAUGACACAGCUGCGAGGAGUUCGGCCCCUCAUUUUGUCCCCCAGCGUUUACUGAUAUAUAAACUCCAGAGAACAAUCAAGCGAAUAAUUUCAGAGAAGCAUUCCUGAAAUGACUUUUUAUGGUCAGACCCGAAAUUUAAAGUCAUGUCUCGGAUACUCAACUCCACGUCCUGCACUGAAUAAUUUCUGAAAUUAUUCGUUUGACUAUUCUCCGGAGUUCAUAUAUCAGAAAACGCAUAGAGGACGCUGGGAGACCCACUGUGGAGCCGAGUCCCUCGCAGACGUGUCACGCAGCGGCAGGGUAUCGGCGGAACAGUGUUUGGGAGUUUUAACUAGUACCUCUGUCGGGAGAACGGUAUGACCGAUCGCGUUGCGGAACUCACUCGACCCGUUUCGCCCUGGGGCUCUUCCUCGAAUCACGCCAGCAGUUGCACAGAGGGCGUAAUAUGGUGGAACUGUAUUGCCGACAAAGAAAAGGGAGACUCGGGUGGCUAUUUCUGAUUUGUUAGCCGUCAUCAACCAGCCAUACCCAUACAUAUAUGGGGAGUGUCUGCCCGAGUUUUCAAGCAGACAUAUUUAACCAUAGAUCGAGUGAAACCCCGCAGUACGUAUUUGAACAACUUAGGCCAGCACGAACAAGGGGGUGGUGACAUCGACUAUUUUGAAUUCAUCCUGCCCGGACCUUACUGUCAUGCAGAAUAAAAUAUGGAAAAAAUAAAUUAAGACCUUCGGAGCAAAUGAGGCGUUCUUUGAGCACAGUGAUCAUUGAGGCCCAAGUGCCCAAUUUCUAUAGCAUUCAGCUGUAAUGUUGUUAAGCCACACUCUAAUCACUGUAUUUCCACUUAACGAAGUACAUCAGCAUUAGACUACCAGUGAUUUUUCCUUAUAAGUUUCCCCUCUCCCUUAUUUGCUGUAUUUCUUAUUUUAGCCAGUAUUUAUUCUUCUUCUUCUUCUUCUUCUUCUUCUUCUUCUUCUUCUUCUUCUUCUUCUGCCACUUUCUUCUGUCCCCACUGCCUUCCACGUUGCCCCUCUCUUUCCUAUUUUUUUUCAUUACCCUUCGGACUUUUUCCCACUUGGUUCCCCUUUGGUCGAUUUUAUCCUCUCCUUUUUAGUUCCGGCCCCCACAUCUCUUUCCACUCUGUCAUUUUAAAAGUUCCAUAAGCAUCAUAUAGGAAAGAUGGGGACGGAAUAUUAACAACAAUACCUGUUAGAUAACGGUCAUGCUGUCGACCCUAAAACGGCUUUUUGAGUACUUGUCCGAGUGCAGACAACUCGAACCUUGCGUUACUUGGAAGCAGCUUACAUACGGAGGGAGAAACCAGACCUGCGCAAGCAGUUAGACCACGUGAUCAAUCUGCAAUUGCCCCGGUAACCUUCACGCCUCAAGUUACUCGUGGUUGUGAUUUGUUGUUUUCGAAAUUUCUUUUCUGCCUCUGUCCCUCCUGUUGUCAGUUCCUAUUUGCUCUAGGAGUAGAGUCACUGCUGGCAUCGGCAUGAAUGUUUAGAUAAGCGUGGUUAGAAGUGCAUUAUGCGUGACAUUAAAGGCUUUAAAUUCCUUAACCUGUCAAGCAGACGUAUGUUUCUAUCCGUAAUUUCUUCUUAUCUGUAAGCUUCGAGUCCCAUCGGACCAAAACACGUUGACGUCUGAUCCUGAGCAAUUGGCAGCAGAGGCCCGUUUCGUCGACAAAGCGGAGAGGUUGGCGCCAGAAUGGGGUCGAAACUCCGUCGUCGAACAGGUCAUAAUCGGAAUGACUGUCUUCUUCGCGAUCGUUGUUCUGGUCGGCCUCCUGGUCGUCUUCCUUAUGCGUGACGGAUCAUGCCGCCUCCUACGGGGAAAAUCGAAAAGAGGUUCGUUAAAGCACAUUCUCUACUUCACCCCAUUGGCAUCCUAUAUCUUAUAUUUACCGUCGCAUACACUUUCGUCAAUUCCUUUUAGCAGGGGGCUGACAGUGUAUGGACGCUAGAAAACAAGAUUAAAGCAUUCAAUAUGCAGUAAAGUGAGCUUCUAACUGAAUCUGUGGGCACUGCAAAUUUGUGUUUGUGGUCCAUAGCUUAAGGCAGGUGAUUAAUAGCAUGGAGGGCCUACGAGGAACCCAUGAGUUCGAUUAUGUGGCUGAUAAAAGACGUCUAUUUACAGAGGUAUGGCAGAUGCACGGUCAGCUGUUUGUAACGUUCAACCCUCCUCGCGGAAUGUGUAAUUUACGACAGCUAUGGUGGAAAAAAGCAUGCUCUUUCUCAGUCCACACUACACUUUGACAAUUUUGACAUGCUUCGCUUUAAUUGCAUCUGCCCUGAAAGGUUUGGGUGCGGCUGGCAACGAUUGGGACUACGAGGCAUAGGAGAGAGCAGAAGGAGGGAUUGAAGGGGAGAGGAAAGAUUAGGUCGACUAGAUGCUUUUAGUUCUGCUGUCCUCUCACAGUGAUGGCUUGUAGACGUAAAACGUACUGCUUCUGUCUCGCUUGCAUACGCAGUAUUAACUUCCUCCAGCAAAAGGACGAGCCAGUGUAUGCUUUUCACUGACAAUACUGAUUUCAAGUCCGUAGCUGCCUAUCUCGAUCUUCUUGCUCUGCCUGUGAACCAGGUACACUUUGGCAGGUCAUCAAUGUGUUAGAGGACCGUUGGUUUUGUCCAGUAUGUUACUUUUUUGAGGAACUCAUGAAGUUGAAUUAAACUCAAUCUUUUGAUUAGGCGUCAAGUUGAAAUAAAAAGUCCUCUCUCCAUUACCCUAGAUAUUUGUUCGCAUAAAAUCGAUGAAAGAAAAUGUGAGCUGUGUCCGCCGGAUCAAAGACCCCCUCUCACAAGGGCUGAAGAAUUUGUUUAGUUUAAAAGGCCAAACCUUCCCCAAAACUCCCAAAUCUCCAACAUCCUGGAGCAGUUGAUGAAAACUGUCUGACGCUCAGAACAGGCAUGAGGGGCAAAGUGUAGAAAAUCCAAAAUUAUAUUCCUGAAUCGUGUAAACUGAGACAAGUUUAUAAAAUGCGCCAUUUUUAUUGAAUUUGGGUGAAUACAUCCGUAGCUCGCUUCAGCAGUUUCAACUGCAGAAGCCCUUAGGAUAAGUGAUCUUCUUACACAGAAAACAACCCGAAGUUAAAAGGUCAAAUUCAGACGGUUUUGCCGUUGCAUUUUCCCUUUGUCACUUUGUCCGUCUGCUUUUGUACUUCGUUUACGUAUCAUGUUACCGAAGACUGCGGCCUUUGUCCAUUCCACAGAGAUCAAUCCAAUCCCAACCCCGACAGGCAAAACCUUGGUUUGACGAAAGGACUGAUGGGUGGUAAGGUUCAUGACACAACCCCAUAUGCGGCCCAUCUUUGGCAGAAAACUGCACAUUAAUAAUAAAUGCUGACAAACGAUAUGGCGUCCGUCCGUUGACCGAUGGACAAUAGGAGGAAUGGAAUGGCGAGAGAUCUCGACGACUUCACAAAACUGCAAUCUAUUGCAGUUCUCAUAGUUGUGAGAUCCAUUAUUAGGGGGUGCUUUAUAGGGCUUUCUAGGUACCAGAAAGUAGCAUAAACGUAGUUUCCAUCAGCAUAACAAAUAAAGUUGGAACCCCCAAGGCGGCUCAAGUCUUGGAAUGAUUAGGCGAAUCCCGCCGCAGGCAUUUGAUUACCAGCCCGAAAAACGGACAAAUCCCAAAAAACACCCUAAAUCUUCCUCCUCCAUUCGCCGGGCUGUCUGUCUGUCUGUCUUUGAGCUCCAUUGUCAACUAUAAUUUGCUACUGACCUAUACAAAACUAAACUAGUCCUAAUAAGUAACUCAUAAUCCAUCGCAAACAAAGUUACAAUGCCUCAUGCAGUCAUGGUCUGGCAGGUUCCUAAUGUAAGAGUAAGUUAAGUCAAGCAUAAACAGUCGAAUAUUUCCGAAGAAAGCGAUUAGCCCGGCAUACAUUAAAAGAAUAUUAGGACCUAUUCGGCAAACCGCAAGGGCUUCGUAAACUCUUCCAACAUGUCCGACAGGUUGCCCAGUAAUGUCAUUAGGAUUCAGUUAGAGACUCGAGCAUUUAGUUUAACUUGACUUGCUGGAACGAACAGCAUGCCCAAAUAAGCUUGCAUAGGGAAGCUAUUAUUCCACAGUCAGGCAUGAAGUGGCAGAUGGAGAAGUAUGAAAGUCGCCUGAAAUUAUUUUAAUUUUCUAGCACGUGCACAUGUCAGUUGGAAGUUUCGAUGACCGUGCACCGUCGGUCAGUGCAGACAACAGCAAGCUGACCAACUUUUGACUGCUACUGUUGCUCUUACCUCACCUCCCCCCCCGCGCACUUCCACCUCUUCUCUGCGGGCGUAAAGCCAACUUUAAACCGGGGACGAUGGCUAACACCUACCAUCUACGUCUCUGUCCUUUUAUCCAUCACCUUGUCGCCCGCGCGCAGUCAAUUUGGCGUGCUAAAUGAGCCGACAUCUGCUGGCUUAUCUGCUGGCGCUGUUGGGGUGAGGGCCUAAGACAUAUCACAGAUUAAUGCGACCAUGUGUGGCCGGUCCUAGUUAGUAUUUGAGACCAGUAGCUGUUUGCAAGGACCAUUAGUCGUCGGGAUUUUGAUGGCCUACUCAAAGCCACCGGCCAAAAAAGAGCAAUUGGCCCUUGAGCUGACUUUGCGCUAGAGUUUAUGGGUUCCAACGACAGGAUUUCCGUUUGGUAACCGGCGCGCAGAUGGUAAAAAACAAGAAAAAGAAUGUUAGAUGUGGUUUCUUCAGAGCAAACCAAUGAAGUCUUGCGUGUACCACCGUAGGAGUCUGGGAUAACGGCCAUGUUACAUAGCAGAAUGGAUGAGGAUCCCUGAGCCGUCCACCACAACUACUACCGCUACUGCCAUCAAGAGUACUCCUACUAUUACGAGCGCAAUAAUAUUGGGGAGGGCGGUAGCAUGAUCACGUCAACUACCAGCUUUAAAAUAUUACCCAAUAUGGACUCGCCAAAACAGUGGCUGUUACAGGAAUUCAGAAUAAUUUGAAUCACACGCAUAUCUCCAGACCAGAAUAAAUGGCUUUGUAAGUGGCCGUUAGGCUUGUCACCGAACUCAAAUUCUCUUCCAGGCAUUCCGAAGUGACCCAUUAUUUACCCAGAAACCACACUGCUUCAUCAGCCGCACCUAGUUAUUCUUGAUCAAUUUUUGUGAAUAUUGCCAUGUUACACUUUAAAAGUCAAAGCAACUGGUUAUGUUGAGGGUCACGAUGUCAUUGUCAAACGUACUUGAGGACGACAGUUCUGACAUUCCUAUUUUAGUCUAUUGGGCAUAGGGUUACCAAAAGGGGGCCAUCAGAUUGAGGGAAGUUGUUCUGGGCGAAAAGGAUGAGACCGCAGUAAGUAAGCAGUCAUUUAGUUGCGGGGUGGGUUCGCAAGCUUUGCUUAGUUCAUCUUACCACCAAGGCGCAAGCAAUGUCUCGAAACAGACGAAGUAAGUGACCACCGUCCCUGCAUCCACCCUACUGUUUGGCACACGAUGGUCAUCAGUGGAACUGACGACGGCACUGUGACCUGCUUCAGCAUAGUAUAGAUUUCGAGUGUAAAUGGACAUCGUGGACAUAUUUGGUAACGACGGUCGAACCAGUCACUCACUUUGGGUUUUUGAGGGAGAUGUAGAACAGCACGGUCUUUCUCUAUCACUGUUGCCUGAGUAGCAUGGCAUACUUCAGGCGGUUCUGCUCCAGAAAUCGUUGUGGUCGUGUCGUUUACAAUACGUAGCUGCACAACGUCAGUCCCUCAUUCCUGGAUCGCCAUAGUGGCAAGCAGGCCUUGCGUCUAUCAACCGAUCGGAUCCUUUUACCGGAGACCCAGUCCUCGCGUCGACGCCUAUUUGUGACCUUGCACACCCUGGAGAGUAUGCUACAGGUCAAACCAUCUGUCUUCUAUUAAAAAGACCGCAGAGGCAAUAACGUCAGGGGUUGGGGACAGCCGACCAGAAGCUGAUGGCCGCAAGAAUAUUUGAGUCGUUGGACCUCUUACAGUAGGUGACUUAACUCAUGUAACAUGAUGGCAAAAAUUGAAAUGACCAUUUUAGGACACCUAAAACAUUGUACAUUUUACAUAUAUCCCUAACCUCUUCUGGAAAAUGUCCUUUUUGUUAAAGAAUAUGCUGCUAAUGAAUUUUAUAAGGCAAAAUGUUUGCAAAUGUGAACUUAAAUUAGGUUGGCUUAUAUUCGACCAAUUUCCUGUGAUAUUAGCUGUCUUAGGCCAGGUCUAUGAAUCUGCGCGUACUUGUCUAAAUAGAGGUAGUGAUCUAAACUGAAAGCAUACGGAGCGAAACAUCGCCCACUCGGAAACUGGAUUUUUGCCCCUUGUAAGUCGAGUGGACCAGGAAGUGAAUUAGCAUGCCUUUUUAGAAAAGCAGACGGUAUCUCGAUUUGAAAAUGCAUGUUUGUAAAUCUGUGCGAUUUUAUGCCUUAGAAGGUCAUGAUAGCGCCAACAGGUAAUCCUUUGUCUUAACAUACCCAUAUUUCUCUCUCAUUCGCAGACAUUACACAAGAAACCGUGAAAAGGCUCACUACCAAAUGGUCGUCCUAAAAUUUAAGUAUAUGAUAAUUUUUUGUGCAGAAUAAUUUAGAAACUGAACUGGCACAACGUUCCCAGUUCGAGCGAUAUUUGAAUAAUUAUACAGCCACUCAGUGGAACGUUUAUAGGCUAGAUCGCAGUUGGUAGCCAGGAAUGGGGAAGCGGACGGCGACCUUAACCCUAAUCCUAAUCUUAACGCUAACCCUAACCGAAAUCGUAAACGUAACCGUAGCCCUUAGGUAUAGCCGUAACUGGAAAACUUAACUGGAAUGAAACCUAAUCGUACUCUCAAACCCUAACCGUAACCCGAAAACCUAAGCCUAAAGGCACAACCCUAACCCGAAAAUCGGAAACCAGUAAUCGGUACCCUGAUCCUAACCUCAAACGUAAGACGGAAGCCAAAUGGGUCAGAUGCGAUUAUGGAGCCCCACAAAAUAGCGCCCGUAAACAACCCCCCCCCGUCACCUGUAAUACGGGUCCUGGCUACCAACUGCGAUCUAGCCCAUUUAUAAUCGUGCAACAAAAUCUACAAGGAGGCUAAGAUAGCGAAAGUGGUUUCGGUUUGAAAAGAAUGUGAGUUCUUUCGUCUGCGGCAAAAAAUGUCAGAUAUUUUCAAGGAGGUGAAAAAGCGGAUCAAAGAUUCAAUUUUUUCACGUUUUACCUUGGAAAAAAUAAAUUACAUGGAUAUUUGUCAGCUAAAUGUCACAUUGAAGUACUUUUCACAGAUUCAACUCUUUAGCGAAGGUUUUUAAUCGAGAAUAAACACAUAGACCUCUGACCUUCGCUAUGAGCGAUUAUUAUAUGACGGCAUUGAGGUUAAGUAGUUGGCAAGUCUACAAAUAUGACCCAAACGGCUAUAUGCGUAAAAAGAUGCCAAAUAACUCGCGAUCUUGGUAUCUGCACUCGCGAAAUAUGCCAUUUUGAAGGUCCUGAUACAUACAAACUAUAGAAUCUUCGUUUUUGGGCAGUCGGUUAAGAACAUGGAAGACGGCAAAGUAUUUGGUGACAUUUAUAGGGCACCGUGUGACUUAGCGGACCCCACCGUGGUCAAAACUAAACAGAAAUUUUACUGGAAAAAAGCUAUCCUAAUACGGAGCAAAUAGUUUGCUUACGAUUGCAUCUGUUAAUUUACUUUGAAUUCAUUAGUUACUUGCCGGCCUAUCAGCACGUGAUCUUAUGUAAAGUAUAUAUUCCUAUGGCAUUUCUGUCAUCAAAACCAAGCGAAAUCUUCUUCACCUUAAUCAGUUGCCUCUCGAAAAAUGCAACAUCUGGAAGCUUAUAUUUCACGCUAACGGAGUAGUUUUGAAACCUAUAAUUAAAAGGUAUGCCCCUAAUCGUGUGGCACACUUCACGAACCAGUAAUUAUUGGAGGACAUUUACUCAAAAUGUAUGUAUAUCUGACACUUUUAAACGUUAUUAUACCCAUGUUGUGACAUUUAUUUAAUUGUUGGCAUGGACAUGCUGCAUGUACUUCUAAACUUGGCAUUGACUCAUUGGACACGAUUUUUCGCGUCUUUGGCACUUCCGCGUUUCUUGAAAAAUCCUCAUCUCUAACCAACGAAAUAGUACUUUAAGUAUUCAUUUUGCUCUCUUAUUUGACUGGAGAUCAUUGACCACUAUUUUUGCGUCUUGUCGGGUAUGUUUGGAUUGGUUUCCGAGCGAUUAACGACUUUUCGUUAAUCUAGGCACUUUGCGCUAAUUAGGUCACAUGCUGCAUUACCGCACAGAUUGUAUCUUCCAAACAAAACGUAAACCGAACCGUGUCUAGCUUUGCCAUUGGCACGAUUUGUGUCGUAUCCGCUCCUGCAGCCGUUGCGGGCACUUCAAAUUACGUGAAAGUUUAGCAUGGGCCUCAUCCAGCGGGCUUAGACAGGUAUUCACUCGAUAAUCGGCUGGGCAGCGAGUGCCGUAGGUGUUUGGAACGAUUAAUCGACCCGGCGCAGUGAAAUUGGCAAGCAGUCGUGCACUGGUUUCCUUUUGUGAAGUGGCCAUGAAGUCGCCCCAUAGGUGUACACUCUUUUCCUCUCGGAAUUCCGAUGGGUCAUGAUGAAGCCACUCAUUGGGACGCAUCCAACCUUUGUCCGAAGUUUUUCUUAGAAAACCUCUUUUUGAGUAUCCUCGGUAAACAACGCUGGAAAGGGUCUCGACAUCAGGCGCCGACGACCACAACUUGCGGGUAUGCAGGUAGAAUCCUCAGUGCUAACUGUACACAGCGCAGAAUGAAGUCCUGGUCGGAUCAUCCAGGACGAUUGUAAAACCAGGCUGACUAGAGUUCUCGGUGACGUUCUGUGAUGGAACUUCUCGGCGUCGAAUACCUUGAUGCUGCGCCGAACAUGGUCUGGCAAGCGCCCAUUGUACUGCGUCAAAGGCUGAACGAGUAGGCAGUAUGUUACUAUGUCAAGAAGCUCUUACGUUCCAGUAUGUGAAGCGUAUUUUUCUUUCUGCCAAAAACAGGUUUCAUAUUUAGCAUCCGGUUUACUGCAGACAUUCGCACACUUCGGUUGCCGCGGAUGCCGUAUCAUAAAUGGAAAUUUACAACAUAGUAACUUGCAUGAAGUGAAUCUUUGGGAUUUUAUGUGUGUCGACCUCCCGAACUCGUCAGUCCCAUAUCUCUCCCCAGAGCCAGUUCUUCUGUUACGACUGUACUCAAAGUCCAUAUGAUGCAGUAUACAGGUCCCUUUUCAAGUUUUAUGCCACAGCACCACCAAUGUUAAUGUCAAAAUAAACCCAUAUAUAAUUCCCACGUGCUAAAAUGCUUUCCUGAGCAAAAGACAUGCAUCCCUAAAACAAAAAACUGAUAGUUUCCCAUCGAGUACGAGUUAUAUUCAGUUAAGACCAAGACGACCGUCACAUUCGGACGCCUUUUGUCUGCUGAGCUGGCCACGCAAAGUGAAGUCAUCGCGCGUACAGACUGAGACUAAAUUUUUCCCAUUCCUCUUAUCCUCCCCUCUUGCCAAACUCCCCCGCCCCACAAUGGAGGGAAGAGUGACUGCGUUUCGAGCGAGUGGAACAGUAUUUCAGGGGUUAUAUGCUGGCUUACGUUCCUGCGGUUGUCUUAGCAGUUGUUUUGGGACGUCAACGUCAUAGAGAAGGCGGACGCUUAUUUCACCAGACUAACGGAACGCAUGAACACGCGCAUGCAGAUAGCGUCAUGCUUGACGUUAGCUUACACUACGAGUGCCCAUCCGUUAUCGCGGCCCACGCACUAAGUAGGGCAAGCACCCAGCAGGGAAGUGUGUCAUGAAAAUCACUUACAGGCCCUGUUUACGUGCGUAACUUGAGCGCACAUUGCGAUUUCCAACCCCUGAAUAUAUGCCAAUUCUGUCCUUUUCCUGAAUCAGUUUUUUGUUCUAACGUAUGUUCCUGCUUUCCUUUCCAAACACUACACCAGACAAGAUCGUGGAGACCGUGAAGCAGACUCCAAGUGGUGCAGUGCGGCCAGAUGUGGAACUAUUGAAACAGGGCGGUCAAACAGUGACUCUACGACAGGAUGAGGUGAGUGGUAUCAAGUUUCCCUUACUGCCAGUCAGACGGUAUUCACUGGCCCGAGCCAGUAGUUGUAAUAGAUGAUAGGCUAGAUCCAGCGUUUAGACCCUUAUUUUACCUAACUUAGUGGAUAUAUAAGCUGGAACUUGUCGGUCUAUUAUGUAUUUUUAAACUCGAAUCCCAUCCGAUCAUCCUUAUUCGCACUUGAAUUUUUUAAUUCUUGGAUUUUACACAGGCCUUUUCUUUAAAUUAACUUGGUUGCUACUUUGGAGGUAUCUAGGUGGUGGGUUGAGAAUACUUAACUCGACUGGUGGGGUUAGAGUCAGCUGAUUAGUUAUUACUUUAGGACCAAGGUUGUGGCUUUUGUGUUUGUCACUUCGUGAUGGAAUUUGAAGCUGCGAGCGACUUCAAGCUGACGCUAAUGAAAGGGAAUUUUUCUCAAACGAACCGAAAGGCGCGGACCUGUCACAUGCCAUCCACCUCACAAUUUGCAUAUUUGAAUUACUACUCUGUUUCGGUUGCUUUUGUCCAGUGUGGUGUUGAGAACUUGGGCAUAUAUUGUUAAGUUGAGGGCAACAAUUCGUCAUCAGUUGAGAUAGGUAAGAUGAAGGUGGGAAAUAUGUAUAUAUAUGCGUACAGAAUAGAGCACUCACCGAUCUCAUAGCUUCCCAAGACAAAAAAACACAUGCAAGCAGGACUCUCAGGCGGCCUAGCAGCGGCAGACAAUAAGAGUGAAAUGAUUACUCACGAAGAGUAGGAAUGCUGAACUGGCUUUUUCCGCCUUAUUUGAUUUGGUCCGUCGCCAAUGCAUAACUACCAGCCUGAAUAACCGGAAUUAUCUGCCGUAGGGCAUUAGUUCAAGAGCUCGGAAAACAAUAUACAGGUUUUCUUCUAUGUUGGCUGCGGUCAGGAAUAUUAGUUCCUACUCAAGUGGCGCGUCACGGAUCUUAUUGAUAGAGUGCGCACUUCCGUUCCUCAGAGUUGUAACCAAGAUUUCCCAACAGAAGGCUUUGUAACGACAGGCAAUACGGAAAGAAGCAAUGGUAACAAAGGCGCGGGAUUGAGUGGUCGUUUACAGCUUAUUUACUGCCGUCAGUACGUUCUAUCUGAUAGACCCGUAGUCCGAAGUUAGAUUCAGUUGGUCGCUGGGCUUAAUACUGCACCAGCCGAGCCACGUCCCCUUAAAGUCAUAAGGGGUCGCGUUUAUCGAUUUAAACUGACUCCGAGACGGAUGUAGGAUUUGAGAUUUUAAUUCCAUGCUUAGUGCACUCAAAGCCGCUCGCACGAUUAUUAGCAGUCUGUAAUAAAAAACUAUUGCUAACAACAAGAAGGAUAGUUAAACGGCCAUUCGAAUUUUACCUGUCCUUCAUUAGCAGUCAUAACUCAGAGCUUUUUGCCCCUCUAGGGUAAAACACAAUGGCCGAAUUCCAGGUAUUUCUGACCUAAUAUUGGGAUAGGCCUGACUACCGACGAUAAAUAAGAGAGGGGUGGUUAUUAAAGUCCUCCUUCAUCUUGUUUGUACUAUUUUGGACGGACAGGUUACGCCUUUGUUUUAAGACAAGUAGAUGUUUAACAAAAAUAUCUAAAAGCCUAUCCCAAUACAACCGUUAAAUGCAAAUUUGGUUAUGACUGAACUAAAAAGUUAAUGCAAGAGUCUCAUUUCCUUAAGAAGUGUCUUACCUUCUUAAUGGACGUCAUCGUGAACUAGCGUGAAUGAGUUAUGUGAUAAAUUAUCAGUUUCUUGUGUAACAGCGGAGGAAUAUUUAGAAACGAAUGGGAAAGAAAAAUGGCAACUUAUCUCAAUAACUCAGCCAGCCGACGGUUUUUUACAACGAAAAAAUUCAAUAUGUUGAGUUCAUUCAUCUUAUCAACGUUCGCGAUCAUGAUGGCACACCAACUUAAUUCCCAUAAGUCAUAGAUGGAAAAUGGUGAGCCUUCAAUGGCAUAUGUUCAUUAAAAAGGUCAUUCGUAAAAUUGGAAAAUAAAGUUUAAAAUAUCCUUCUCUCCAAGGACAUUUGAAUAAGGCAAAGAUGGUUCAUACGAGUAAUAGUCUAUUGAUGCAACCAGAUUUUCGAGACCUCCAUUUCAGUCGCCCGCGCACGUUGCGUAAUUAAGGGACUAUGUUUACGGUAUGUGGAGGCCUAAUAGGGAACAAAAAUCUGGCAAAACAGUCAAAACAAGGAUCUGAGCAUUUCCUUGACAAAGACAUUAGCGAUCAAUAAAAAUGCCAUAAAUCGAAAGCUGACACAUGAAACCCAUUACAUGGUGGCAUGGUGCUCCUUCAACUCCAAGUCAAGGCCGCAAAAAUAUCGAAAAAGAAUUUGGAGUUGUGCAGAUAGUUGCAUUAAGUUAUUAUUGUCACACUGCUUUGAUGGCCAGAACGUGUUAGCAGGCGUCUUUCUUCCCCAUUUCCAUAAUCUACGACUUCACGGACGCGGUCUUUAUGCGGUUACCGUGAAUCGUGGACAUUGUUUUACACCUGCGCAACAUCCACAUGCGCGAUGAAAGCGCGGUCUCUAAAUAUCAUGGCACCAUUUAUUUGUGCUUUCAUCUUUACCCACCGCUGUAUUCUAAGACAAAAUCGGCUGAAAGCUGAGCAUGCAUGUCUCUCUAAUCUUAAUAUAGGUUUGUUCUAGGAGUCCGUUAUGGAAAGUAGCCUUUGGGUUGCGAAAAGAGGGCGAAACGGAGGACGUCAAGGGAAGUUAUUAGCCAAAAAUAUAAAUAUGAGAUUAUGUGAGAAAAAUAAUGUCCGAUCUAAUGAACUCGAGUUAAAUUUGAUGAAUACGGGCUUUAUAUCUACGCAAGCCGGCUCCGAUCAAAGGGCAACGGUAAACCGGAGUUGAUUGACGUUCUGACUAAUUGACGAACUAUGCCCUCUCUCACACGCUAAAUCAGAAAAACGAAAAUGCAUGACGAAUUUUCAUGGAAAGUGCUUCCUUUUAAAAACCACAUGUCUCCGAGGGAUCGAAUUAGUUUUGUCGGCAUUGAAUUUAUUCAGCAUUUGGACUGACACCAGACUAAGCUACUGUCACAUAUAUUUAACCAGUUUUCUUUGAAAAUGAGGAGGAAAAUAGGGAGAAGGAAGAAGAGGCGACACUCGCAUCUUAUUAAUGGUGGUUUUUACUUUAGGCCAGGUACCAAACUCGUAGAACAGCCCUUUCAACAGACCACAGCCUGCCCAUAGGCAUGCAACUAUUCGGAACGAUCGGCUAACUUUCCUUUCGCCAACAGAUUCUACUGCGACCUUACGUAUUAGUAAUCCACUGAACAAUAGGUAACAUACUAAACGUAACCUAAAUUGGCAGUUUGAUUUCUAACGUGCUACAAAUAGCCAAAUGAACCCAAGAUUCUGUGUCCACAUCGCUUGAUUGUUAUCUUGAAUGUUGUCAUUUAUAUGGUAACAGGACUAAGGGGGAUUUUAUGUACUACAAAAAUAGCGAUUGGCAAUGGCUUUGUCUUGCACUGAAUCUCCUACAAGGACACUCUGCCUUGAACUAAUACGGAGCCGAAUUCAAGCAGUUGCCCGCAUUGGGAGAUUUCCGUUGGUAUCACGCAGGCAAGGACGCAGUAUGUGACCGCACUCGGGAACAAAGCCAAAUCAUCGUGGCAUACUGAGUCCUUGCCUUCUUUUGCAAUCGACGCUCCCGCGCUCUCAAAACAAGUUACAAUGUAGUUUAAUGCAGGCAUAGGCAGCGGAAUUUGUUGGAAGCAAUAGAUUUCGCGACGGCUUAUCAACUGCAGCCUGUCAUUGCAUAACACAGAUAAGAAGUGAGAAGGAUAUAGGAGUUUGAACUUCCACAGAGAAAAUCAAUAUAAAACAGCAGACUAAGCAAUAAGAUGGUAACCUGAAAACGCAACAUAGGAAUAAAAACGUUGCGUUUUCAAGUUACCAUUUGAUCGAUUAGUCUACGCGCAGUAUGUGAUGACCUUGCUGUUUUAUAUUGAUUUUCUAUGUGGAAGUUCAAACCACUGUAUCUUUCUCACUUCUUACCUGUGUUAUGCAAUGACAGGUUGCAGUUGAUAAGCCUCGUGAAAUCUAUUGGUUCCAAUAAAUUCUGCUUUCUAUGCCUGCUUAAAUUUCAUCCCGAGGAAAUAUUGCCUCAAGAAUGUAAUUUACUUCUUUUAUUCUUGCCAUCACGCCUAGUACUGACUGGAUUAGGCAUUCUACAUCCUUAGAAAGAAUAAAUUUUGCUGCCUAUUCUCCGGCUCAUUUAACUAGCGGUUCUAUGCUCAAUUAGUCGGGAGUGUUUUUAAACUAAAGUCUGUCUUUAAACUGUCAGCCGCUUGUUCCUCUGUACCUAUUGGACGGUCAUAACGCUGUUUAUGAAUGAGUAGCCACUGUCCAGAACCCACGACCCAAGUCACCACAUAGCGCCGCGCUCGUGAAUGAACACGCCUGUCUGGUUCGGGUGAACAUAGUGGCGGAACGACAUCCUUAGCGUUGUUGAAAGUGAGAGAGCACCUACCGGUCGGACACGUGUCCGCUUUCUGGGCCUUCACACACGUGCACUCGUGGUCGUCACGUAUGCACCAGCCGUGCCGAGCGUGGUCCUGCGGCAAGCCAGUAAGGCCAGACUCUGCAGCCAUAAUGACAGGAACGACCGGUUGUCAGACCGCCUCAUCAACACAUCCACUAACUGCUCUGUCUUAACCUAUCUGAGGCCUCGCCUGGUUAGUGUAUACAUUUACGACGCUUCCAUGCAUGCGUAAACAAAGAUUUAAUGUGUGUUCCUGUAUAUUCGCCAGACUUGGUCGGUUUUUCAGUACGCAUGAUCUCAUUCACUCACUGCCCUGUUGAUGACUGAUAAGCGUAAAUAUACGCUGAAGUGUUUGGAAGGAGGGGUCAGCAGUUUCGAAUCCAUUUUCUUAUAAAUCUUGUGAAACUAACAGCACAAUACUGCAGGUCUUCGUUUCGUUUUUCGCCAGCAAGUAUUAUCUAGAAGCCAAAACCCUGCAAGCCCACUAGGAACUGAGACCUGAGGAUGAGGCCAGGCAUGCAUCGACCUGAGAGCCUCGGUUUUCUAAGGCUAUGUGCCAUACAGCUGGACAGAAGUCCUUUCAAGUCUCAAACAACCAAAGUAAAUCUAUCUUCUUAGUAUAGGGCAGCUCCAACUCAAUUGGUGCGCGUUUAGAUGGCGUGCAUCAGAUAGGCAUUACCUGCCUUGCAGUGCAUUGUGCACAGGUAACCUGGCCUUUAGGCGUUGUUUAAAUUAUCAAUAUCUUGUGAGAAACCGUACAUUUUCGAGCUUGGUUCGCUCGUACUGCAAACGCAAAGUUUUCUUAAAGUUUACUAUUCAUCUCGUUUGUCCGCAUAAACAUGGUGAGUAUGGACUCACGGACGAAGUUAUGCCGCACGAAUUGUCGGUGCCAUCAUUCACUUACAGCCAACUCCUGUGGCGGGAUACUUUGACUAUUGACGGAGUGUUCUCGAUUAUUAUCCAUAAUUGCCCCCCUCGAUGUUUUAGUUUAUUUCACCAUGCGAACUUUGGGCACACCAAGCGAAGUAUUUGACAACCCCUUUUUCGAUCGUGCAAGUGGUGCGUAGGUGGUGUAUGUCAUUAUGGUGCCAAAUGCGUACUCGGAUAUCCUCCUUACACUUAUGCCCCUUGCGGAACCCGGCUCAAGUACUUAGUAUCGAUGCGUCCACAAGAACUGUUCACAAGCGCCUUUGAAGGAUACCUAUGGACAGGUGCACAAAGACACGAAUUUAAACUAAAUGUCGCCUGUUCUGUUUUUCCCUGCGUUAGCCGCCACCCCACUUUCCCGCCUCAGCUAAAGGGGAGCAUCACUUCUACGAGAGUAACACUAUUGGUCAGAGGCACCCUGACACGUUCUGACUGUGUAUCUGGGUUUGCUUGACCGCAUUUCCGUCCAAAGGAUAAGAUGCUUGACGCCCUCGCGUACGUAUGCACACGAGGAUGCUUACGGAGAAGGGCCAAUUUUACAGGAUGGAAUGUCGCAGCGCUGUGGAGGUACGGCAUAUGGGAGACAAACGAGAAGAAGUGGUAAGGAGUGGCAGCAAAUAACAAUUCUUUGCCAUCGGAUGGUGUACAGCUAGGUCAGUUGCCAUGACAGCGGCCGAUUCACCGUCGUAUCGAGAGUUGGCGAUAGUGGUGAAUCAAAUUUACAAGUGAAAGCAAAUUAUUGGUAGACAUCCCAUCAGGCUACGUGUCAGAAAUGGGUUAGCAACUCUCUUGUCCUUUAUUUAGUUGAGCUUAAUUGGGGUGAAAGGAUUAGUUUAACCUCACAAAUCAUUAGUGUUGUCAACAUUUUCAAGAGAUUUCGGAUACCAUUUUUGUACGUUCGUAUGUACAGUAGGUGUGAUAAUUGUGAAAUGUCAUGAAUAUAACAAACAAUCCCGGCAAUGCAAGAUCCGCCCAUGACACGUUCCUCAAAGUCUCAUAAUAGUAAACAAACGACUUUUCUUAAAAUGAAGGUAUAAUUUGGUUUGUAAAUAGAUAUUUAUUGACAAAAUUAUAAUUCAAUUUCGCUGAAAACCACAGUUUCAAAAGGUGUCUAUAUUACAUAUCGCUUAAAAAGGGCUAGCUUUAAGGGUACAUAAGGAAAGGUGGCGCAUGAGAAGGGCAAAGUGGUGGAAAAUAGUAACAAGUACAUAAAUAGGCAAUUUGUAGCUUGUCCAUUUAUAUCUAACUCAACAGAAGGCCCCUCAGGCAGGGAGAUAGCCAGGUUGUUAAGUGUUCCGUGAGAUUAUAUAGCAUAAAAUUAAGUUUCGUGUGCGUUAAAAGAUUUUUCUUUGCCUUACACCACUUUCUUUUUAUAAGUACAAAACGACUUUCGAUACCGCUAAGAUUCGAACUGUUAGUAGGAAUAAAAGUUGAAUGGAGGCAGCAUGAGGAGAGAAUGGCUAUUGCCUAAAAGUUAGAUUACGUUUACAAGCGCUAUCAUUUGCAUGCCUCUCUAGUGCGAUGGACGGGAGAAUUGUCGCGUAAAACUGUCGCAUCCAUGCGGCAUUAGUUGAUGUCGUUGUAAUCGAAGACAUUCUUCACAACACUGACGAACACCUUGUUGUCAAUGGUGUCCGUAGUCGGCCGUAAAGCCGGCCGCCCUCAGAAUUUAAUAAUCAUCCAUGUCAUUGACCGUCGACAGUUCUUGAGGACUUCCGUCCGCGCAUAUGACUAUGACUUCAUAGGCUUAUUUAAAAAUAAGAACUCACCGUAGGAGUAAAUGUUUAUCCAGAAUGAGAUCAUGUUAUCAAUAAAAAUCUCAACAAACUGAAGACGUCUUUUGAUAAGUUUCCUAUUUAAAACGCCACUACCACAGCCGUUCACUGCAUGAUUUUCCUAAUUAUGAUCGCAGAGAACAUCGGCAGUUUUCUCUUGUGAAUGAUCUCACUGGGCGUAGAAUGGUACUUUUUUAGUGUAUGGCGAAUAAAAUCGUCUUCUUGCUUACUUGUGGACCGUUUUCGUCCACCCAGGAUAUUUCUGGGCACGUUCCUAUCAUUAGUAAUUCGCCACCGAGUGACCUUACUAAUACUGAAAAUAUUUGCCAACGACUCGAGCGACAACAUUUCCGCUGCUAGUUUCUGUGCCCGUUCAUAGUGACUGUAAAUAAAAAUUGUCUGGGCAUAUUAAACGGCGUCACAAAGAAAACUGGCAGCAUGUUGUCGGGUGACAAAACAAACUGCUGUCGAGCAAGUUUAUCACUGUGUUUUUAUGGCACAAAACGUCAUCAAAUGCGCAAAAUAGAAUUUUAAAAAUUGAGUUUGCCCCUUCUCUUGAAAACUAUGUUAUUCCUCAUUCCUGCCUUCGCCUGAUUUCCACGGAUAAGAAAUGAUUUUCCGCUUCUAAAAGAGAUUUAUUUCAAGCUUUCGUUGUUUGUCUUUAUAUUCCUUUAUGGCGCAACGCACAUGACCAUUAAGUCCCAUCCGCGUAUUUCAGUAGUGUAAGAAAGUGCCUGGACAUCAAGACGUGUCGGAUUUCGACCAAAUCUGACCUGCCUUCCUUUCAUAAAACAGUUUUUAAAUGAACUCAUCUUUUAGCUUUGUGUGCCUCAAACCAACUAAGAAAUUAUAAAUAACAAUACCAAAUGUAUGCCAUACUACACAUGUGGAUUUGAUUACAACAGUUCACAUGUUAGGCUAUCUGCUGUACGCAUGUGAAUGACGAGGAAACCCAACCUGGUCAGAUUGAGCAGCUACUAAUUGCAGUAGAUGGCGUGUUGAAAAGUGUUUGCGAUGAAAAAUGGUUACAACCUCACCUACGUAGGUGAGGUUGCAAUAUUCGUUAUCAUUCAGCGUAAUCCCGACAGACCAGCGUGUUGGCUUUUGAUUCCGCUUAUUUCCGGCCGCAUGUAAGAGUCGCAGUCUCGAAAAAAUGACGAUUUACGUAAUAAAACUUUUCUCACCGAUUUUCGAUGCCCUCAUAAAUUCGAACGUACUUUACUGAGAAGAUGAACAAAAGUAUCCGCUCAGUGCUUACCUGGUAAUAAAUCACAUCGCCAAAUUCAAAACUCGAAGAGAGCUUGCUUUCGUUCUUUAAAAGUUUGUAACCGUGACACGUCCAUUUACAUGGCUUUGAUCUGUCCGGUUAGUAAUGUCAAUAUUCAUCGUUAAACUUUUUGCUUCUUCUCUGGUAUCUUCGUGAUAGCACAGAGGAACGUAUCAUUUUCCCUGCAUUUGAAGCCCUAAAAGCAAGUGUAAUGGCCGGGUUAAAAAUGAAGCAAGAGCUAAAAUCUACCUGCAAAACUAAAAAAAACUUAAAGAAGAUAAAAUAUCUUCAGACCUAAAGCAAGGCAAAAUAUUUUUCUGUAUAUUUUUAAAAAAAAAUGUAAUUCGGUUUUAGUUGAGCGACGAUAAAAAAAUUCAUGCUACGUAAGCCACCGCUUUUUGGGGAGUGCUAUUUUUGCAGACGGACUAAAUGAAUUGCAUCCAAAAACCGUCGUUUAAGUAUGACUGUUUCACGACAGUCAGAAUCAAACCCCAAUUGGCUGGCAACAGCCAAAUAUUUGACCCUGUACCUUUUUAAUUGCAAACACGUUUCAGCAUUUCGGUUAAAAUAUCAUGAAAGUGCCAUCUGCAUUACGCUUUCUUCAUUUAGCAUCGAUAGGAUAUUAGCUAGCACCAAACAAGAUGUCAGCGGUAUCAACGUUAAAAUCUGCGGUAUCAAAGUCUACCGUAUCUGCAUUAGAUGAGGUUCUUAAUCUCAGCACUCACUAUGUUUCCCGAAAUAGACAUAAUGGAAAAUCAAGGCAUGCAGUGAACUUACAAAUAAAAUCCUAUUCUAAUAAUUGACUGACUGAGCGUUUAUUUGGUUAUAAGCGAUAGCGCACUGCGCAAAAAUAUCUGUAAAAUGAGAGUUCAAAGAAAAUACGGAAGUGGAAACUUUGUUAACAUUUACUUCUUAUGGCCUGGUUAAACUGGGUACAUAGGACAGUUAGUUGCGAAGGUCUCCUUUGACCGCAAUAACGCCCUCAAUUCUCCCCCUGAAUUCCGCGUGAAUGUUCCCUCCGUAGUUCCCAGUCUGACUGAUCAGCACUCUUGUAUUUGCUUUUCCUGAAGAAUUGUAAGUACUUUGCUGAAUCUCAAGAGUCUCUCCUUGAAAGUCUCUCAUAAUGACUUAUUCAGAGGACUGGGGUCAGUACAUUCAGGGAGCCAAAUGACUUCUGGGCAACAACGGAGAUGGGGUUAGUUAUGCAUGGGCUGUGUUCGAAGUAUGAUAUGACGUGCCAUUUCGCUCAGAAAAGACUUUGUAGAGAAAGUAUUCUUUCUUCCAAACUACUGUUUUACAUUUACUGGACUCAGGUGUGAUGUCAGAAAAUGUAAGAAACAAUGUGAAUGUAAGAAAAAAUGAUCCGAGAAUGUGAGUUGUUCGACGUGUCUUUAACUAUGCACAGUCUCUACGUCUUCUGGGACAUUGCUGACUGGUUUUGAUGAAAAUUCCUACCCUCGAUCGUGUACUUAGUCUUGUAAGAAAUGCCUGUAAGGUACUUUCCCCUAAAUGCACUAAGAAUUGCCUCACUUAUCUUAGCAAUGCAUACAAUUCUAUAUCGUUCUGGUAAAUCAGACUGGGAAAGGAGAAUUGACGAGGAGUUGGCCUUGAGUUACUAUCUCUAACUACCUUCCGACACUUCUCUCAAAGGUUUCAACACUCUUGACCGUGGCAGAAAACGCUCACUAACACGCUUUCCUGACUUGAACUCUUAUUGGGUCACCUCUCUAUUUCCCUCUCAUCAUUUGACAUUUUUAUUUGUACAGGUCACUCAAAAUGAGCCAAAAUUUGGCGUACACUAGUAAGCUAUAUAAUCAGGUUAGGGGUCCUUCGGAAACUUCCUCUGCCCUAUAGUUUUUUCUGCUCUUCCGAAAUCAAAGGCUGAACUUUCAUUUCAACGGUCCCAGUUUUUUUUCAAUUUUCGCGGGCAUUUUCCUGCCAUAUCUGACAAAAACAGCACGUUUCCCAACGUCGCCAGCAUAGUCCUCACCUUCUGCGCACUCAUAUCUCACGCCGUCGGGAAAGCUAUUAUAAGACGUUCAUUUAAUAGAUCUGGCAAAUAGGUUCGGCGCAAACAUUACUAAUCAUCAGCGCAGCUCAUUUUUCCCAAAAAUUCCAGUUAGUUCAGCCGGCCGCAUCUCAUAAGCCAGCCCCCCUAUUCGACAUGCAUUGUCUACGUUUUUGGUUCCAAUACAAGCGGAAAAAUAUUUUUGCCAAGUUAGCUAAAAUACAUAAGGCUGGUAUCGUCGAAUGGCAUUUGGCAGCGAUGAGAAUUUGACAGCAACCAGCAGGUUCUUACGUGUGAUCCUAUUUUCCUUUUUCUUCUCUCCCUCAACCCAACAGUAUUCUAUAAGCAGUCCGUCUCAGGCGUUUUUCAGCGAGACAUCAUGGCCUACAGUGAUGGAUGCCAACAAGUUGGCUUUUGAAACGCGACAGACCGGUGGCUGUGGACGAAUGAUCAGGCCCAUGGGGAGUCCUGCCUUCUCUUCCAUUCCGCAUCAAACCGGAUGCACCCCCAACUCUAGCUUCGCUUACCGCAAUGGAUAUCAUUUCGGACACCAAAUACAACAACAGCCUUCAAUAUCUGGCUACGGGGCAUUAGGGCCCACCUCCAUUGUUUCAACGCGAGCACCCCCAGCAACGACAAUUCAUUCCACGGGAUAUGGGCGAGGUUAGCUUUAGUACUUUGAGAAACCAGUUUGCAAUAACCCCAAUAACGCCAUUUUCUUUGCAGAAAUAACUUCUCAUUGGAAAACAUAAGCACGCUGUAAUUUGUUCUGUCUACUGAACAAUUCAGAUGUGCAUUCACAAACUACAUUAAAGGGGCAACGUUUCCGGAAAUAGGAUCCACGGUAAAUCAGAUGGCCCAACAACUCACGAGAAUUAACCUAAAAAACCGACCCGAGAUGGGAAUUCUAAUGGCUUAAAUGAGUUCGGCAUGCACGCGUAAUUAACAGUAAGAUCGUUCGAACAAGUCAAAAAUGCUAUUUACAUACACUUUUGUCAUGCGCGGUACUCGUUUCAAAAGGGAGGAUUUUCCUGGCUGUAAAGAAAGUAGGCACUGUCCAGGAGAACCUUAUCCAAAUCUCGCCUUGUUUAAUUUCCGAGGAAAUUGAUGCGCGAACUUGUAGUUAAUUCUUCAGAACAUGCCUUUUCAGAGACGGUUCGUAAGUUGACAUUAAUAUGUGAGCUGAAAUCCACUAGCUCGAAUAUUCAUAUCAACGUCCGGACCGUGCCUGGAAAGGCCUAUUCCAAAGAACUUGCUCCGAGUACGUGCAUUUAUUUCCUCGGAAAUUAAACACGGCAGGGUGGAACUGGAGUUUAUGUACCAGAAAACACACGGGGAAGGCUGGUGAACCCACUGAUGAGCCGAACCCUUCGCAGCUGCGUCAGGCAACGGCAUAAAAUCAGAGAAACAGACGUGUCUGGGCUUUUAGUCAGUACUUCUGUUGUCAGUAUGGCAAAUAAUUGUAAAACUGUAUAUCCAAACCUGCCCUUUGUUUUGCAAUGUACACUUAUUGCGUUUACGUAUAUAUUCAUUUCACCUCUAGCAUUUCGCCCUAGGUUAUUGUAAAAGCCUGGGGUAAUACAUUCCGCUUUAGAUUUCUGUAAACUAUUGUUGGUUAACGUAGUGCAUAAUCGAGCCAGCCCCAGCAACGGUCCUUAUGAUGCCUUUGUGGUCUCUAAGCGGUGAGAAUGCACUCAGAGAGCUAUAAUCAUCAAGCCAAACCCCGAGUUGUAGGAGAAGACAGAAGUCACCAGAUUGGGGGAGGGGGGGGGGAUUAUUGAAUGCAGAACCUUGAGUUGUCCUCUCAGGCAGCAGUGGUCGCUGGCGAAUUCAGAGCUGGUGUUGACUGCGUCUAGUCAUGCCUAAGAGUUUGUUCGGCAGCUGCUUUUAUAGACUCGUGGGCCAAGCUCAAGUGGUAUCCAAUCGGUAUGUGUUGCAUUCGCCGAGGGAUGGUUCAAGUCGUUUAUGUUGUGUUUACAGGGAGGUGGUGUGUUCAAGUGGCACAUUGAUAUCUGCGAAUCAUUGGACACACUUGGGUCCGAGUUGAAGUCGGUCGAGUGGCUGCUUCGCAGCGCGUCUGGAACCGCUCGCUGCAAAAGCCAAUGAAAUUGACGCAAUGAGACCCUGAACAAGGACGCCAUACAUGGCCGCAAUGGCUGCCGGCAACACCCUACCCCUGGAGAUCUGUGAAACGGGAUAUGGUUGGCUUCAGCCAUUUACCUCCCUUGAUAAGAAGACCGCAUGUCGAAGGUCAAAAAAGCGUCUCAGCGCCCCGGCAGACAGUGUCAAGUCGAGUUCGCAGCUGGCCGCCUCUUCGUCAGGUUUAGCAAAGGAUGACUUUGAAACUAGGGCCGUAACAAUGUCCCCAGACCACUUCGGUCGGCUGUGGCCUAGCCUGCCGCAUAACUUGGCCAGAGAGUGCAGCGGACGAAGAGAUCAUUCGUCUCCGUUAGCUUUUCGAAAUUUAUAGCCACAGUAGAAAGUUCUGUUUUUCAGCGAGUGGAUAGGAGUAGGAAAGCCUGAGAUUUGCAUUCUGGUCUAGUUAGUCAUCGGGCUCGACGCUCCCCCAAUCCAGCCACAUGUGAUAGAGUAUUCGGGGUCACAUAACUUUGACGGCUACCUAUAGGUCAUGAUAAAAUAUCUGACUACUUUGGCUUUUACUUCUGAGCUGCAGCCCAGAGUCUCGUGAUUUGCCUUAAGUCCAGGUCUUCUCGAUUGGGACUGGAGUGUAGCCGGCUGAGGAUGGUAAAUAGAUCAAAUGUGACAACUUAGGUUUCUCUUGAUUUGUCAAUAAUUCUUUCUUGCUCGGUGGCGGCUCUUCUUGUACUACCCAUUCGCGUUGGCCUUGGUCGAAGUCUCCACGUCGGGGCACAGAUGUCCGUAUUUCGUCCUGUGGUCACGAUUGUGUGGUAUACGCUGACAAUUAUAAAGAAAAAGACUUGGGUUGAGGCGCACGGGACUCGACUUUCGUAGGGUCAGCUCCGAAGAAGUGAUAAACCUUUACGCGUAAUAACCACGGAAUACCCAUUCAACUAAAAAGCAUUGGCAUUGUGCGGUGAACACUCCCCACUCGACUAAAUUUGACGGGACAACGGGCCUGUGGCUCAGUGGUAGAGCGUCAAAAUCCCUAACGUUCUAUUAACAAGGAGUCCGGGUCCUAACUUCAAGGCCCUCAAAAUCUCGGACCGGGUAUGGCUGGCCGAUGACGGCUAAUAAGCCAGAAACGACCAGUUCCCUCUGUCCUUAUCAGUAAAGCACUAUCUGCAUAUAUAUGCAUGCUAAACGGGCGCGCGCCCAUCGCUUUGAAAAACUCACUCGUCCUGCUGUACCUUGAGGCUCUCUCUCUCGAGUCUCGACAGCAGCCGAACAGUGGCGCGUUAGAUGGACAGAAAACCAUUACCAGCAAAGACAAGGGAAACUGGAAUGGCCAUUUCUGGCUUGCUAGGCGUCAUCAGCCAACCAUACCCAGCUCCGAGGUAUGUCACCCCCGAGGCUCGAACUCGAGACCUGUUGGUUAGAAGUCUAACGCCCUAACCAUUAAGCCACUGACUUUUUGUCCUCUUGGCUGCGAUCGAGCAUAGUAACAAUGGUAGAGGGGCUUGCACCGAUCAUGUUGCAGUAAUUUUAUCCUGCAUAUAUAUGCGAACAUAUUCAUUCAGAAAUGGGCGCACACCUAUCCAUUGGCUUCCCGAAACAAACAAGCUUCUUAUGGGUGAUAGAGGUCAUAGUGCGCGCUCAUUCCUGAGUAAAUAAAUACCCGAUCUGCAGCGACAGAGAAUGACAGGUGGGAAGACACUGGUGAAGACUCGGUGAAGUACUUAUGAUACAUCUGGUAGAUUCCGGUAGUGAACCAGCUGUGCCAGGUGUGUCUGUGCGCAUGUUUGUGAUUCCGGUCCCAGCUGGUGGUUGGUUAUGAUGGACUGGGUGAAGGCAAAGAAGCCUGAAACAGUUCUCUAUCAGUCUACCCGCCCUCUGCGAUUUCAUCCUUCCCCGAAGAAAAAGAAAAGGAGGCGAGUUCAUUGUCUAGGAACUAGUCUCCUCUUCUAUGAACUGGGUCACAUGCAAUGCAUCAAAACGAAUUUUAUCAGUGUUCGCCACCUGGCAUUACCUGAUGGAAUAUUUAUUUGGGCGUAACCGUCGCAAAUGAAGUCCACGAGGAAUCUGAAAGUCACCGAUCGCUCAAAGCAUGCCACGAACAUUUGAAUCCUGCCGGCGGUGUUGCAUGUAAGGCCCUUUUAAGCACUCUGACGAACCAGGAGUCGUUUUGGCCUACAUACUGUCUUUUCGCCUCCUUCUAGUCCUAGUCUACUUUUCCGACGGUUAGGGCUGCCUCUCCCCUCUUCUACGUGUUUCGUGUCUGAAUCGGUAAUUACACACCCUACUGUGUAUGCCUGCUCAAAGUGACAAGUUGCGACAGCAGGGCUUGGGUGGCGGCUACCAUGCGUCGGAGGUCGCCUUCGUACUCCUCUUUCCCUCCCUCCCCCCGCCCUUUUUGCGAUCGACAAUUGUUUAUCCGAAGGCGUGCGCGCAGGUGCAUGAGAGAUGAAGGCAUCCCCCCCCCGCGCACUCACACGCAGCGAUUUACGCCCAGUUGUUUAAUUAUGGAUAGGAAGUAGGCUAGAAAAAGUGCACUCACACGCACACACGAUUACGCACAAAAAGUGUUUCCUCUUUUUGGUGGCGCGUCUCCAAUAGCCUGAGUACCCGUUUUCGAUUUGUAUCAACCAAGUUCUUCCCCUCCUACACCUCAACCAACCAAUGGCGUCCAUUAACGUACGCCCGGCUUGAGAAGGAAGAAGAAACACAGGGGACAGGCGAAGGAGAAGGGCGAGAACGGGGACGUUUGCUGUAAGACUAGAAUAAUAGAGCGAGGGGGCAGGUGAGACGGUGGAGAAGGCGUGCGUGGAUGGGAAAGGUAAGAAUCAGCGGAAAUUGCUAAAGGAAACGAAAAAAGAGAAGAAAAUGUGGGAAAAAAGGACGGAUGACAGGGGUGAGGCAUGGAGGGUGACGAGAGAGGCGCGGAAGUCAACGAAAAAGAGCCAUGCACCUUGGUGCAGUCACCGGAACUCCCAAUCCAAAGCCUGGUGCAUCAUGGGGCUUUACUUUCGGCAGGCACAAGCAGUAAACGGCUUCAAUAUCUUGGAAGAGGUUUGAGUCAGCGACUGCACAUAAUCCGAACUCAUGGGCAAAUAUCUUGCCUAUAAAUGUCGCCUCAUUUCGAGGAGUAUCUUUGGUGAUUUGCCAAUUGAUCUCCGUCCAAGUGGACUUUAUAGUGCGGUGUUUAGUGCAUGAAGGAAAGACAAAACGACGUUCGUCAACUGGUCACUGUUGCGACUAGUGAAGGCCGCUAAAUAGUCAGUCGCAUCAAUCUUAGCCUGUGAAAAUUGCUAGAUCGGUUUAAAGUUCCGCAAUAACCAGUCUCUAAACCGAUGUCCAAAGGGAUGGAUUUGACUUUACUCACUCAUACCCUAUCAACAUCUGCGGAACCCUCCUUGGGGUCAUCGGUGUGGCAGCCACUGCUAGUCGCUUGAAUAAGAAUGGUGCUUAAAAUUUACUGUAUCAGCCGCAGCUUCAAACUGGCUUCACAAAUAUUCCCUUCGCUAGUGCAGGCAGUGAAAAUAAUCUUCACAUGGUAAACGGAGGAAUAAAAAUGGAACCACUAGUUACCCGGUGAGCAUUAUUUUUUCCGACAAGCACUAUAAUGCUAGUGUACGGAAGGAAAAUGGGGUAAACGGAGCCCUCCAUAAGUAUCCCCAACUUCCUUUAUUUGAAAACACGCACAUGCCAAAUUAAGAAAACAUGUUUCUGACCUUGCAUGUGUGAGUUUGUGUCAGAAUACUGAACUUCGCCCAUCGACCGGAGCACCCGGUUUUUGGCUAACUCAAUAACUAGUAGUUCAAUAAAUGGGAGGUAGGUGGUGGGCUCUCAGUGUCUGUCCGGUACCUACGUCGGAUCCUUAUUUGGCAUCAAGCUUCGGUGUCGAGAACAGAUGGACGCGCUCCCAAGAGGACAGGGGACUGAGAAUGUUUGCCAUAGUCCCGUAGUGAUAGUCCAGAUGAUUCCAGUUUCUUUUAGUAAGACAGGAACAUUUGCACGCAUACCCCCACACGUAUUCAUGGAAACAUAUGUUAUUUUUGAGCAGACUGCAUUGCGGAGUGUCCAGCAAGCCUAUAGAAUAUGAAGCGGAAGAAAAAUAUCAGAAGAGGUGGUAUAAGUAGCAGAAAAGAUGGUUCUUUACUUCCCCCUCCCAGUUCAGCUAAUCUGGGUUCGGCGGUGGGAACGGGGAAGGAUGAAAGACAAAGGCGCCAAACCGAGGCUUACAGAAGUGUCCUCCCACUAUUGGCUGACCCCCUUCGACAUAGUAUUCGCUCUCGGUCGUAGUGACGAGGGUGAAUGAUGUUGAUGGUAUACGAGGCCGUUUUUCUUUACCACCACUACUAAAAACGUUGCGUUCCCCUCGACUUUUUCUGUCCCCCGCGCCUCAUCAGCGCGAGAGUGGUCAACUUCAUGUACAGUACGCACUAAAGCUCUCGAAGCUUGAGUUGUUUGAGGCUCGAAGCAAGUAAGAUGAUCGAUUCAACGACGGCGCUCUUUCAAGACUCCCAAGGAGUAGAGGGGAGUCCUUACACAAGCACAAAGAAACUGUUUCAAGAAAAUGCUCUACCAAGCAGAUCGUUUUGCACUCUUUUGAUACGAUCUGCUGCCAAUUGAGAUCUCCUAAGUGCAGAUCUGCGACUGUCUGAAUAACUCGCUUUUCUCUUUGAUCAUUUUUCUCCCACAGUAAAAAUCUAUGGCUUUACAGAUUCCCCGCUCUUUGCGGUGCUAGAAUCUGCUCUUGAUUAUCUUAUGUCUAUUCUCCAAAAGUUCAGUUAGGUUACAUAAUAGACCCAUUUCCACAGUGUGACGCCAGAAAUAUGUUGUUGCCUGCUCGCUUAUAUAAUUGAGCGCGAUGCUCAGGAAAAUAACUUCGAUAUAGUCAUAUAGUUUUGUCCGUUCUCCUACGAAACUGGGAUCGCGAAGGCAACGGUUGGAUUCAAUAAACUUCGGCUCGGCCGUUGCCUAAUGGUGUUAAUUUAACUUCUAAUAAUUUUUAUUGGUCUCCAGUUUCCAUCAUAACGACUCAAUUACUGUGGUCUUAUCUAAUGCGCCGUUUAUAGACGAAUAUCAAACCCUGGAUCCGCCUAUUGCAACAAACCACCGUAUGUCCGAGGGUGAGGCCUACUACCGAACUACACAGCACCUGAACAAUGAAAUGCAUCCUACGGUGCGGUCGCUGGAUCCAGAAGAAGGCGACUAUCACCGAAUGCUUGUUACUAGCGCGGUCGACAUGGAGACUAGAUUCCAGCCGAUGCCGACCGUAGCAUUCGCUUCACAAGGCCAUUUAAAUGGUGAUCAGGUCAGUCCCAAAAGCCUAGACUUGAAGAAGCACUUCCCCAGCGAGACAGAUGAGGAGACAAAGGACUUGAAUCCAAUCCAACUUGACUCAAAGUCAAUCAAGGCGCGAACUCUCAACUUUCCCAAAGCGACAUUUGUAUGA